UUUGCAACCGACAACCGUGUAAACUCCAUUACUACCAUCUGGUAGUACAGAGCUGAACUAUGCUGUCUACGCAGUUGAACGACCUUUCGUGUAUAGCAUGCAAGGCGCGCAAGGUCCGCUGCAGCCGGGUUAAGCCUCGAUGUGACCGAUGCGAAACCCGCGGUAUAGAUUGCUGUUACCCCAAGCGCGUCAAGAGACAAAGCGCGCAUGAGAAGCGCGGAAUUACCAGGAACAACACUGUCCUAAGUACCAUCUUAGGACGAUUGCAGCGCUUGGAGGAGCAAAGCACCAACAAUAAUUUCCACGAUGCGCCUGAGCCUACGGCUCCGAGUGCCUCCGCAGCUUCUACUACCCCGUCGAGCCAUUUCGACUCGGACAACUCCCCUAUUUCAAUCUCGUCGGUAACCCGAGCUGACCCCUUAAAAAUCCUCGAAGAUGCCAUCGACCAGAUGCGAAGGCUCAAAUUGCAGUUCUAUUCGAGACAAGUCAUAACGGGAACGAUCCACAUACCCACUGAUCUGGCGAAGGAAUGGCUUCACAACUAUUUUGCUCGUACUUCGAAUAAUCUUUUCCGAAGUCUUAUCAACAGACAAUUGAUAGAGAUGAUGCCCGAUAUUAUUGAUCUUCCACACGUUCAUUUAGAUCCUGUUGUACUCAUACUCUAUUUUGCAAUUCUCUAUAUCGGAUGUGUGUUCAAUGCAAAUAACCUACACGCAAGCCAAGUCUCCCACUAUGCCACCUCCUGCUACUUGGCGUGUCUACGAGCGCUUCCAUACUGGCAGCGAGAGGUGCAAGGCUCUACAAUGGAUUUUGUCGCGGCAUUGUUCAUGGCACAAGUCGCAUUAUUAUGCUCUGACGAUGAUCUCGCCUGGCAGAUGCACCAACACACAUGUGAUUUUGCACGGGCCUUGGGCCUGCACAAUAUUGAUCGUGGCGACUAUGCCGGAUUUCGGGACGAAGCGCGAUCAGACGAAGACCGAGAAGGAUUCUGGCAGUUGAUUCAAAUCGACCUUGUCGUUCGACUUGUGCUUAACAAACCACCUCUGAUUACAGCAGAUACAUGGAAAGUCAACCUUCCUUGGCUCAACAGCUCCCAACCACCAGCGGAUAUACACGCGACUACUUUCAUUAUUCACUCCCGGGUGACGUUGAUCGUAAUGCACUUUUUCGGGAUACUAGACGAAGCUGGCAUGGGUGAUGGCGAAUUGCAACGCUGCACUGAAGAAUUGUGUCAUGAAAUCAAGGAUCUGCUACUUGAUUGGCAAGCUAGAGACUGGCUUCUUGCACCUUCAGCUCAUAAAGGCGAAGAAUUCACCAAAACGGACGUUGUAAUUACGGGCUACACCUUCAUCAUAUUCAUGCUCCGCAAAGUAGGCAUUAUCGGGCCUCAUUUGACCAAGUCCACGACAGGAACUCCAGGACUGCUGUCUCCGCUUGCCCUUGAAGCAUCGCGUCGCGUCAUUGAAAUUUCUAUUGAGCUGUGCAACAUGUUCCCUUAUCCAGAGGGCUUGUCGAUGGUGCUGGUAUACUAUCGGCCUGAUAUCGCUAUUGCGCUACUUUACUCUCAUGUUCUACACUCGACUGAUGACCCUGGCAUUGUAGAAGAUAUGGAUCGCCUUGGGAAAUUAUCAAAAUGUGUCUGUUUUAUUUCACAUGGCUGUCGCGAGCUCGCGCCUAUUGGCAGGGCUAUGGAAACUCUCAACCGGAUGAUGACAGACCAGGGCGUCUCAGCUUAGAGCAUAUGUUUAGAUCCUAUCAUGACCUGCACAACAUAUUCAAGCACGACGAUGAGAAAACUUAUUGACAUCUAAUCAUUGCGAACAUCCGCAUUAUACCAACGCCAUUAUAUAUAAAACCAUUACUCAAUCAUGUACGCUUAU